AUGGCUUCAGUAUUACCCCGGCUGUGGCGAGCCGCUCCAAAAUUGAACCGCGACUUUUUCGUGUGCCAACGAUGUCUACGGCACAGCCCCUCAAUUCUUACCAAAGUCAAGAUACCCGGCAAGGCGAAUCUAUCGCGGACCAUCCGGUUCAAUAGCAGCAGCACCGCAGCAUUCGAGCAGUUUGCCACUAAGAAAUCGCCACUGAGCAAUCUCAGCCAGACGAUAUAUAAUGCCCAGAAGAAGGAUACACCAAAGAAGGGCUUUUUCCCCGAGACGUCGAGCAAUGCAGUGGGAUAUUGGCUGCUAGCAUCUGCGGGGAGUGUGUUUGGAAUUGUGGUGUUUGGGGGUUUGACGAGGUUGACGGAGUCUGGACUGAGUAUAACAGAAUGGCGGCCAGUGACCGGUUCCCUUCCUCCUCUAUCCGCAGCAGACUGGGACUCGGAAUUCACAAAAUACCGCGCCUCACCCGAAUCUAAACUCCUCAAUCCAAACAUGACGCUGGAAGAAUUCAAGAAAAUCUACUAUAUGGAAUGGGGCCAUCGCCUCUGGGGCCGCUUCGUCGGCCUCUCCUUCGUUCUCCCCGCCAUCUAUUUUGUGUCUCGCGGAAAAGUGUCCGCCAACAUGUCCCUACGAUUCCUCGGUAUAAGCUGCCUGAUCGCAGGACAAGGAGCUAUGGGCUGGUACAUGGUAAAGAGCGGUCUGAAAGACGAUCUUUUUGCUCCCGGAAGCCAUCCUCGAGUCUCGCAAUACAGACUCACAGCACACUUGGGGACAGCAUUCAUCUGCUACACAGCUAUGCUCUGGAACGGGCUCUCCAUCCUCCGCACCAAUGCGCUCCUGGCAAACCCUACGAGAGCGUAUGCGCAACUCUCACAUCUUCUCUCUCCUGCGCUUUCCCCAUUCAGGAAAUCCGUGGCGGGACUAGCAGUCCUGGUCUUCACAACCGCCAUGUCUGGUGGUCUCGUUGCAGGACUAGACGCAGGCAUGAUCUACAACGAGUUCCCACACAUGGGCGUCGGUUUCCAUCCGCCAAAGUCCGAACUUCUUAAUCCGUUCUACAGCCGCAAAGAGGAUCGCAGUGAUUUGGUCUGGCGCAACAUGCUCGAGAACCCGAGUACAGUGCAACUAGACCAUCGCAUCCUUGCAACUACCACCUUCACCACCAUCCUCUCGCUCUGGGCGUAUACGCGUCUCAAUAAGCGAAUUAGAUCCGCGAUGCCAAAUUCAGCACGCAAAGGCAUGUUAGGCGUCGUACAUCUGCUUAUGAUUCAAGUUGCGCUAGGUAUCAGCACACUCGUCUAUCUAGUUCCUUUACCAUUGGCGGCUGCCCAUCAAGCCGGCAGCUUAGCACUCUUGACCGGUGUCAUGGUCCUAGGUAACAGAGUUUGGGUCCCGAGAGCUACGAUGCGCUUGUUGGAGAAGAGGGUUAACAUGGCGCAUGUUUACAAGGGCCGUCCGGAGGCAACUCACUCGGCUGGCAAGAAGGCUCUGCCUGCUCAGUUCUCGGGAUUGAAGAGUAGUGGAUCGCCUGGGCUAGCGGGGUCUAGUUGA